ACACACUCUCUCUCUCUCUCUCUCCAAAACAUGAAUCCCAAGAUCAGAUCCAAUUAGAUGCCAAAACGGGUAGGAUCCGCAUGCUAAGUCCGAGCGCAAGUCGUCACCAAAGUCCGAGUUCAAAGCAACCUCUGCUUGUCGUUCCAGAGGACUCUGGAACUUUUCCCAGCCUAUCUCGGAUUCCGAACCUACUUGAUAUAUCCAAACCCCUAUAUAUAUCAACGCUGCCCACCAACGAAGCCUGGGUCGCACUUUUCUCAGAGCCCGCCACUUCACCGUGAGAGAUAGUGAGAUCCUCCUUCUCAGAAGACCCAUCGAGCACCGCCGGCCGCCGAGUGCAGCCUCGUCACCCCCGGGCUUCGAAGUUUUCACCGAGAGAGAGAUGGACAGGCCCUUCUUCUUCCCAGAAGGCCAAUGGAACACCGCCGGCCGCCGCCGCCGAGAGCAACCCCGUCACCCCGGUGCUUCGACGUUUUCACCGGGAGAGAGAGAUAUAGACAUGGACAGUCCCUUCUUAUUCUCAGAAGACCCUUGGAUCACCGCCGGUCUCCGCCGAGAUCAACCCCGUCACCCCGGUGCUUCGACGUUUUCACCGGGAGAGAGAGAUAUAGACAUGGACAGUCCCUUCUUCUUCUCAGAAGACCCUUGGAUCACCGCCGGCCGCCGCCGAGGGCAACCCCGUCAGCCCGUUGCUUCGACGUUUUCACCGAGAGAGACACAUAUAGACAUGGACAGUCCCUUCUUAUUCUCAGAAGACCCUUGGAUCACCGCCGGCCGCCGCCGAGAGCAACCCCGUCACCCCGGUGCUUCGACGUUUUCACCGAUAGAGAGAGAGAUAGACAUGGACAGGCCCUUCUUCUUCUCAGAAGACCCUGGGAACACCGCCGGCCACCACCGAGAGCAACCCCGUCGCCCCGCAGCUUCGCCGGCGGUGAACGACCCGGUCUUCUCUGUCCCCGUUUGCUUCGGAUCAGACGUGGCGGCCGCUGCCAAGAAGCGAGCGACGGCGCUCCCCUCGAAGGCGACGAGGUCGGCCGCGGCCGUCGCUAUCCAGAGGGUCCUCCGGGGCCACCUGGUGCGGAAGAACGUGAGGGUCGUCUCCAGGCUCGCGGCGGAGUUGGGCGAGAUAGAGCAGAUGGUGCGGUCCGGAUUGGAGCGGCUGCUUGCGGAGCCAAAGGAGCGGCUGCGGGUGAGCGAGAUGCUCAUGGCGUUGCUCUUCCGCCUUGAUUCCGUCCGCGGUGUCAGGGAGUACCGGAAGAGGGUGAUCCGGAGAGUCAUCUCGCUCCAGGAGUUCCUAGAUUCCGUAUUCGGCCAAACCCAAACCCUUGAAUCACCAAUUCCGGCAGAGACGCACGGAGAGAUCCGUGAUCGUGAUGCCAUUUUGGAAGAGGUUGGCGAAAUGCCUCAGGAUGACAACGCCGAGGAAGAGACGGCUUCUGGCUCCAAAGAUGUCUCGGUUCAAGAAAGCGAUCCGGACUCUAACCAAGACCCUAUCUUGGCCGUCGUCAAACAGGUGUCUGAUACAUCUGACGAGAGCUUCGAAACCCUAGAUUUGACCGACGACCUCAAGAAAGAAGAAGAGAAGGCAGUGAUUGAAGACUUUGUUGUACUAUCCAUGGAAGAAGCCAUCGAUCCGUCUCAAAUGCGAUUCGAUUCCGCGGCUAACCCGGAGAAAGCUGCCGUCGCUGAUUUAAUAGAACAAGAGAACAGGGAGGCGGCUGCAGGGAUCUCGACAACAAUCGCUGAAGCCGAGACAGGGGCAGCGAGGCCGCACAUGAGCGAGACGGUGGAUGUGCUGAAGAAGGUGAUGGCGGAGACGGAGAGGCUGCAGGGCCUGGUGGCGGCGUUGUGUGAGCAGAACACGCAGCAGUGCAUGCUGAUGACAGAUGUGGUGGAGAGGGUCGAGCACUUGGAGCGGGCAGUGCAGACCAUGGGUGAGAAGAAGAAGGAGAAGAAGAUUGGUGCUGCUAAGUGCUAACCGCGCUCUUGCUUCCUUGGUCGACAACGAAGGCCAACUUCAAUAAUAGAUCUGGAGGUGGGGGGGUCAUUGGUUUCAAAUGACUGGAGGAUGCUGCUGAAAGGAUGAGCUACAAACUUAGUUGUCACAUUCAUAACAAGUUGAGAUUAUUCAGUCUUAAAAGGGUUUUUAUUUUCUUUUUUGUGUUUUGGGUGUGGAUGUUGUCAAGCUAUUGAAAUCCAGACAUUAUAGUUGCAUGAAUCCAACUGGUCCACAGCAGCAGUGCUUGUAAGUGAUCAUCAGUUGCUUGGCCUCCAUUGCUAUCCAGAUUUGAGAUAGCAGAGAUGUCUAACAACAACUUGGCAGGUUACCUAGUCCGCGUUCUUUAAUCCCAAGGUUGUAUCAUG